GGAGGGCGUCCACCAGCCUCACCACGCCCCCGCCCGCCCGCGAUGUUACGCCCCCCUCUCCCGCGGCGCCGUGAUGCCCGCUGCCGCGCGUGUCUUCCUCCUUCCUCCCCGCAUCCCGCAUUCCGCCCGCGAACUGCUCCCUCCCCCGCGAACUGCUCCUCGCGAACUGCUCCCUCCCCCGCGGCGCGUCUUCCUCCCCGGAUCCGACAUCCCCACACCAAACGCGUGCCCCCUGCCCUCGCCCUCGACGGCGCUGCCCUCUCUGAUGGCGGGAUCCGCGGACGCGCCCCCACCAACCCCGACCCCGAGCCAGCCCGCCACAACCGCGCCCGCUCCAUGCGCGAUGGCCACUCAUCCAGUCACUGUCCCCGGCGCGACUCGGACCGAAUCUUAGGCCCGCCUGCCGCCGCCGCCGGCUCCAGAUGGAAACGAUAAAACCUCCCUCCUCCUCCUCCUCCUCCUGGUCCAUGUCGCUGGGUUCGGGUCCCAAGGGGCCGCACGGUUUCGCUGCCGGCGCCGAUCUUAGCACCAGCGGCGUUGACCCCGCCCGAUUCACCCCAGACUGCUGCUGGCCGCGCGACCUGCUCCUUCGUGACUGAUUACUCGGAAUUUCUAUCCGCUUGUGGGAUUCUCGAGCGGAUCAGCUGAGCACAUCAACUUCAGCGCCAUUUGUUUGGCCACGAAGCAAAUCGUAGAGCUUUUCUUCCGAGGGUCCUUCUCAGAUGUGGAGUUCCUCGACCCCCAGAGUAUACCGCAGCUGGGUUCGUAUCCAAAACAAGUUCAGAGGAUGGAAAGGAAGAAAAGAGCGGCAGAAAAUUGUGAAGAUACAGGCCCAUGUACGUGGACAUCAGGUAAGGAAAAGCUAUCGGAAGGUAGCCUGGUCUGUUGGCAUCGUGGAGAAAGUCAUACUGAGGUGGAGGAGAAAGGGAAGGGGUCUGCGAGGUUUCCAAUCUGAGAAACAACUUGAAGGUCCAUCAUGGCAGAUCCAACCUGCAAAGGCUGAGGCUGAGGAUGAAUAUGACUUCUUGAAGGAUGGCAGGAAACAGGCUACAGGCAGGUUGGAUAGAGCACUGGCUCGUGUGCGUUCCAUGAAUCAGUAUCCUGAAGCAAGAGACCAGUACCGCAGGCUGCAAGCCUGUGUUAACAGCCUACGAGAGUCCCAGGCGAUGCAGGACAGGAUGCUGGCUGAUUCAACUGGCACCGAUGGGGGUGAUUUCAUGACUGAAUUGGAGGAGCUAUGCCGGGAUGAUGGCGAUGCCCCGAUGUCGACUAUUUCUUGACAUGGAGCUUACUAUAGAUCAGUUAGGCAGUGACAUGUUCUUUACCAGACUAGAUGUAAUUUGUUGUUACUAAAUGGUCUCUACUCACCGUUGAACACCAUAAUAUAAUGAUAUAGCAGCUAAUACAUGGACUUCUACAGAUUAUGAU